GGUCAAGUCGGCAAGCCGCAGGUCGAAUUGCACGUCAAAGAAAACCGCUCUGCGACAUUUACCCACGUAGCAGCGCACAGGACAAACCAAAUUGCAUGUUAUCCAGCGACUUUACAUUCAUUUUCGAGCUGUUUCUUUUGCUUUUCAAAACCCCUACGCGCACUUGACAUUCUGGCCGCUCGCUCGCGCGCUUAAGCAUACUUUGGUCACAAGUAGCUGGAAAGCCAGGCAAAAGCCCAAAGUUCCAAGCUGACUGGCAUCUCCCCGCAGCUGUCCUUAUACCGCACGGGCCCUGGCCCGGCAACCAAAAAUGGCACGAGCAAUAGUAUUCUACGACUAUUGAUAGCAUAGGUGUGCCAGCAGUGGCAGAAUAGUGUCAAAUGUCGACGAAUGGAGUUACUGGGCGACGGUCGUCGCGACAACGGCUUCCGCCAGCCGACGGCGCGGACAACUACAACGAUGCUGGCUUAGCUGCGAUGCUGCCACCGCCAGCUGGCAUGCCGGCGGCAACAGGUCUUCCGCUGGGCGCUCCUCCGCUCGGAGCUCCCCCAGCAGCAGCUGGCCCCAGCCCUGAGCAAGCACCCCAGCAGCCGGCGCCGAGCUCGCUCUUUGGCCUCGCGGCGGAGCUCGCGGGCACGGCGCCGCCCACCCUGCCAGCGCCCGCCCCGGCCCCCGUGCCAGGCGCAGCCCGGCUCGCGCCUGCGCGCCUGGGCCCGGCACGCGGGCCGCCGCCCCCGCCCGACCCCUUCUCCCUCGCCGACCAGGCCCGGCGCAACCCACGCUCCGGCCAACAACUCGCCCGCGCCACCGGCGCCGGCGAGGUGCCCUACGGCCUAGCCCUGGAGCUUCUGAACGGUGCUGCGGCGGAGCCCGGCUCGCUGCUCAACCCCGCCACAGCCGCCGCGGCGGAGCAGGCCGCCGCCUCCCGCGCCGCGGAGCGCGCUGCACGCCGGGCGCUGGGCCCCUCCCUCGCACGCGCCGGCGGCCCGCCCGGCGCACUGCCUGUCAGCGGCGGCGGCGCCACGCCCUACGACGCCGCGCUAGCCUACGACAACCCGCUCGCGCUGCCGCCGCCGCCGCCGGAUUCCGUACUGCCGCAAUCGCUUCAGCCGCCGCCUCUGGAUCCGUUCACAGUCAUGGAGCUAGCUGCCAACGCACAGGGCCUGCCGGAGCCCGAGUAUGGUCUGGUGGCGGAGCUGCGAAACCGCGCGCCGCCGGACCCGUUCGCCAAUGAGUACGGCUUGGCGGCGGAGGCGGCGCGGCGGCGCUCGCGGUCGCCGUCGCCGAUGGGCCGUGCGGGGCGGCUGCCGCCGCUGCGUGCGCGGCGGCGACUGGAUGCAGUGCUAGCUCCCGGGGAGGCGGACCUUGCUGACGAGAUGGCUGCGCGGCAGCGGCAGGCGGCCCUGGACGCGGCCGAGCCGUUCAGUGCGGCGGCGCGCGCGGACGGCCAGGACCCCUUCGCGCUGGCGGAUGAGCAGCUCAAGGUCCCGCGCGAGAUGCUGGACCCCUACCUGCCCAGCCAGCAGGAGGUCCCUGGCGAGCACGAGCGGCUCAAGACGGAGGGCGGCGCGGCGGACGCCGUCAGCGACGACGACGAGCUGUACGGCCUGGCGAGGGAGCUGGGCGUGGACCUGGACACGGCCAGGCGGAUACGGGCGGAGCGGAGGGCGCAGGGCCUGGACGCGUUCGGCAUGCCGCUGGCGGGUGGCGCCGCCGCCGCCGCCGCCGCCGCCCAGGAGCAGGCGGAGCCGCCGGGCCCCAAGUACAUAUACGACGACGACACAGGCAUGAUCGUCACCACAGAGGGCGGACAGGGCGAUGGCGGGCGUGUGGCGCGGCAGUACAUUGAGGACGAGGUGACGGGGCGGUUCUACAAGCUGCAGUCCAAGAGGCGGCGGCUCUUCGCCUUCUUCCGGCGCAAGGAGCCCGCGCUCAUGGAGGACGACAGCGACGAGGAGGACGCGCGCGGCUUCCGCGGCUCCAUGCGGAGCACCGUGAACUGGCUGUCCAACUUCUUCUGCGUGCUGGGGCUGUUCAUGGAGGGCCUGCUGGCGGGUCUGGCGCUGCUCAACUUCUUCAUGACGUACGUGCUGUACAGCCGCAACGGCCUCAGGCGCUCCCUGGCCUACUACGCGCCCAUCGCCCUGGACAUGAACCGCCUCUACUACUCGCUGCUGGUGCUGUCCAUCAUCAGCUCCACCAGCAGGCUGGCCCGCGACAGGCUGCGGCAGUGGGGUCCCCGCGGUCUGUACCUGGCGGCGGUGGACUACUGCCAGAUACUGGCCUACCUGGUGGCCUACGUGGCGUCGGUCCUGUGCACGCCGCUGGACGACGAGCUCAAGUACGAGUCCGACCGCAACCCGCGCUUCUGGCAGCUCACCUGGAGCAGCGGCUUCGAGGGCCGCUUCACCACCUGGAACAUACUCAACGUGCUGCGGACCAUAUUUAUCGGCAUUGCCUGGUGCCUGGCCUGCUACCAGCUGUCCCCGGCCGUGUACAGCGCCACGCUGCGGGCCGAGGUGCGCGGGGCGCGGCGGCAGCACGCCCUCAUGGCCAGCGGCGCGGCGGGGCCGGCGGGGCUGGCGCUGGUGGCGAAUGGAGGCGGCAAGGGCGGAGGUGGGGGAGGAGGGGGAGGAGGAGGGCAGGUGGAUCGCAUGCAGCGCAAGACGGCGUGAGGCUGAGAGGUGGUGGGGGUGGGGGUGGGGGUGGAAGAUGGGUGGUGGAAGUGGUGGUGGCGGUUGUUGCUGGGUUAGGAUUGUGCGCGAGAGGGGCGGCGCCAAUGCGCGGGGCCUUCUCCGGCGAUUAUGAGCUGCUGACAGCUGUGAUCAUAUGUAUGGUGGGUGUGGCUCCACGGUGUGGCUCCUUGGCGGCGCAAUCGUUGUGAACCUACAUUGGGAUGCUGCUGCAAGCAUUACUGCAUCAGCCGAACUGCAAUGCGCGACUCAAGUGAAUGUGCACUAGCCGCCGCUAGUUGGCCACUUGACCCUGCCAGUGGAGCACCAGAGGUGCUGUGUCGACGGAUGCGCCGGUGCAUUCCCAACUCCGCAUCUAGGGACUAGGGGGCUUCACCUGGUUGCACCGCUGCGGCAAUGGUCGCCGGUGGCUGCGGCCGGUCAUGCGUAAUGCGUUGUACCGAGGACAGGGUGUGAGGGCGCUAUUAUGUGCAAGCAGAAAGGCUCAUCCCUGCUGUGCGCCAGCCACUGGCGUGCGGAAUUUAAGACCUGCAUUUGGACUAGAGAUUAUUGGGGUGCAGGUGAGUGCCCGGGAGCGGGUUUUCUAACGCAAAGGGCGCGCGGGCGAGGGCGCUGGGACGGGCGGUCUUGACGGUGCUGCGCGCAGCAUGGAUGCCACGCCAAGGCGCCAAGCGGGGUUGGAUUGCUCGAGACCGUGCCGAGAAUCAUACA